ACAAAUACUUUAGUUGCCCUUAAAAAAAAAAAAAGAAAAACAGUCACCACGUUUUAGCAAAACAGAAUUACUGGACUAUUGAGAAACAAUUUUACUUUAGAAUUUGUUGCAGGUAAAGAACCCCAGUCGACGAGUUCCGGAGUGUGUUUGCGGUGUUUCUACAUAGAACUCAUUGCUUCCCGUUUUCCGUUACAGGACCAAGUGUCCUCGUCUACCACUACGAUGGUUGUCUCCAUUUCAGAUCUGAAUAAGGACAACGCGGCUGCUUUGCAAGUCGGCCGCUUCACGGUUUACAAGGAGUCGGUCUCUCCCUAUAACGGCUACACAGAUGACCCGCGCCUCGGUUCUACAUACCACCAGCACAGCAGCACUGUGAACGUGCUUAACCAGCCAUUUACUGAACCCCAAAGCAAUGAGUUAGUCAUGGUUCCGACCCAGGAAUCGCCAAGUCCGAAUCCGGUUCUAUACCUGAAUGCCCGGCAGCAUCACAGACGGCCCUCCAUCUAUAGUACUCUGGACCAGGUGCCCCAUUACGCGUUUUACGCCAAUACUGCAGCGCCAGGGAAACUCAAGAAGAGUCGGCCAUCGUUGAAUGUUCUACGCUACGCCAUUGACGAGAGUGAGAGGGUUCCUCCAGGGGGAUCUGAAGGCAGUUUCCCACAGGAGACCCCAGACAAACCCUCCGAUGAAGAGGCCACUGUGGGCGAUAAGCCCGAAUCACAGCCAAUCCGGUUCGGCUGGGUCAAGGGUGUGAUGAUUCGGUGUAUGCUGAACAUCUGGGGCGUUAUUCUGUACCUGAGACUGCCCUGGAUCACUGCGCAAGCUGGAAUAGGCCUUACUUGGGUGAUCAUCCUGUUGUCUUCUCUUGUGACAACAAUCACUGGACUCUCCAUCUCAGCUAUCUCCACCAAUGGGAAGGUGAAGGCGGGUGGCACAUACUUUCUGAUCUCCCGCAGUCUGGGUCCAGAGUUGGGGGGCUCUAUCGGACUGAUUUUUGCCUUUGCGAACGCAGUGGCUGUGGCAAUGCACACCGUGGGCUUCUCUGAGACUGUGCGGGACCUGAUCAUUGAGUAUUCUGGCGGGCCCUUAGUGGACCCAAUUAAUGAUAUCCGGAUUAUAGGUGUCAUCACUGUGGUGGUUCUCCUGGGGGUCUGUGUGGCCGGCAUGGAGUGGGAAUCCAAGGCUCAGAUCCUGUUUUUCAUAGUUAUCCUCAUAUCUUUUGUGAACUACUUUGUGGGGACUGUUAUACCAGCGACUGAGGAAAAACAGUCAAAGGGAUUCUUCAACUACAAAGCUGACCUAUUCCUAAGUAACAUGGUCCCAGGAUGGAGAGGGGAGGACGGCAGCUUUUUUGGAAUGUUCUCCAUCUUUUUCCCAUCAGCCACUGGAAUUCUAGCGGGUGCCAACAUCUCAGGAGAUCUGAAGGAUCCUGCAGUGGCCAUUCCACGAGGCACUCUUAUGGCUAUCUUCUGGACUACCAUAUCUUACCUGGCUAUCUCGGCAACCAUUGGUUCCUGUAUGGUGCGCGAUGCCUCUGCCAGCCUCAACGACACUCUCCUCUCCAAUGAGACUGCAGGCUGUGAGGGGCAAGCUUGCCACUACGGCUGGAACUUCACUGAGUGCUAUAGAGCAGGGGACUGUACUCAAGGACUACUAAACAAUUAUCAGACUCUGAGCUUGGUAUCUGGGUUCGGACCACUGGUCACCGCAGGGAUCUUUGCUGCCACCCUGUCCUCCGCGCUGGCCUGCCUAGUGUCGGCUCCCAAGGUUUUUCAGUGCCUCUGCAAAGACAAUCUGUACCCCCUGAUUGGAGUAUUCGGAAAGGGAUACGGCAAAAAUAAUGAACCUGCAUGGGGCUAUUUGCUCACUUUCUUCAUCGCUGUGUCCUUUAUCCUGAUUGCUGAGUUGAAUGUAAUUGCUCCGAUCAUCUCCAAUUUCUUUCUGUGUUCCUAUGCGCUCAUCAACUUCAGUUGCUUUCAUGCUUCCGUCACUAAUUCUCCAGGCUGGAGGCCCUCAUUUCGAUACUACAGCCGCUGGACUGCUCUGUUUGGAGCAAUCAUUUCCCUUGUGAUCAUGUUUCUGUUGACCUGGUGGGCAGCGCUCAUUGCUCUAGGCAUUGUGGUGUUCCUUCUGGGAUAUGUCACCUACAAGAAACCAGAUAUCAACUGGGGGUCCUCCAUGCAGGCUGGUACCUACAACCUGGCUCUUUCCUACUCCGUCUCUCUCACUGGGGUGGAGGAUCAUGUUAAAAACUUCAGGCCACAGUGUUUAAUAUUGACCGGUCCUCCAAUGCUUCGUCCUGCUUUGGUUGAUUUUGUGGGCACCUUUACCAAGAAUAUCAGCCUCAUGAUCUGUGGGAACAUAAUCAUGAGUGAUGGUAAGAAUAUCCAACAGGAAGAGAAAACCAGUAGAGAGGUGAAGUGGUUGAACAAGCGCAAGAUUCGUUCCUUCUACACCUCGCUAUCUGGGGACAACCUGAGAGAUGGAGCCAAGAACCUCAUGCAGGCUACUGGCCUGGGAAAGCUGAAACCCAACACUCUCUUCAUGGGUUUUAAGGGUAAUUGGCAGGAAGACUUGCCACGAAACAUGGAUGACUAUAUUGGAACUAUACAUGAUGCCUUUGACAUGAACUACGGGGUGUGUCUGCUGAGAUUGACUGAGGGGUUGGACAUUUCUACCAAGGUGGAGGCCCAUGUUAACCCUGCUUUUGAAAACCAUGAAGCCACAGAAACUGAGAAAAAAGAAGAUUCCACUGAAACCAUCGAGGAUAUGUGCUCAUCGCAUCUAGUGGAUGAACAAGCCAGCAGCAUUUUCCAGGGCAAACAAGGAAAGAAGGCCAUUGAUGUCUACUGGAUUUAUGAUGAUGGAGGCCUCACACUCCUAAUCCCAUACCUGCUCACCAGAAAGAAGAGGUGGAGACAGUGCAGAGUGAGGGUCUUCAUCAUCGGACACCAGGACGCUGUAGAGGAGGAGAGGAAGGAAAUGCUUUCCCUGCUGAGUCAAUUCCGUUUGGACUUCCAUGAUGUCAUUGUGAUUAUAGACAGUGAGCAAGCCCCAUUGUCUGAGAAUGUGAAGAGGUUUGAGGACUCCAUUGCCUCCUACAGGCUCAAUGAUGGCUUGCGGGACGAGGCUACAGUCCAGGAGCUGAGAAAGGACUGUCUCUGGAUGAUCUCAGACAGAGAGAUGGAACAAUUGAAACAGAAGUCUGAAAGAAAGAUCCGGUUGAAUGAGAUUAUCCAAGAAUACUCCACUGAAGCGGCUUUGAUCCUUGUGAGCUUGCCAGUGGCAAACAAAGACUCCUGCCCAAGUGGACUGUAUAUGGCCUGGCUAGAUGCAUUGUCUCACAACCUGAAGUGUCCAACACUCCUGAUCAGAGGAAACCAACAGAGUGUCCUCACCUUCUACUGCCAAUGAAUCUCCUCUUCCUGUGAUGUCUUUUACUAUAAAAUAUCAAGGCACUGGAGACCUCCAACUGUCAAGGGCAUGGAAGCCAGAUAACAUUUGUGGUGUGGUGUUUUGAACUGGGAAAUGCAAAACAUUUUGUAAUCUGAACCCUGGUCUGUAACUCAGCAGUUCUCACACUUCUGCAAAGAGCCAGUCCAAAUCUGAAAAUAUGCAAAAAAACUGUGCUCAUUUUCAGUAGAUAUCUGCUGAAUGUUCUGCAGAGCAUCUUAUGUGUUUCAUAUUUGUAUUAAUAAUGUCUUCUAAAAAUGCAAAUCAAGUAAAUAUAAUUUUAGGUUAACUAGGUCCAAUUUAAUAUAUCAAGCAUUUUUGUCAGUAAAAUCUCUAGGAACUGUUUAGAAUAAUUAUGAUGAUGAUGUAGCCCAGUGUGCCUAGCCAAUGCCUGGAAUGUACUGUUGUCUGUGGUGAUCUCGCACUAUACUGAUGUAUGGCAGGCCUUUCCCAACAAAGUCUGUCAAGUUAGAUGUUUGCAUGUUAUCCUCUGAUGCAUCUUGAUACCUGAUUUGCAUAAAGUUAGAGACUCCUUAGUCACUUAUUAUAGGAAUUUGUAGUUUGCUUGAGUCUUCCACACCCUACAAGAUGGCGGACAGCCAGAGGAAUGCACUUGUAGUUCAAAUUGAUUCAGCCAUUAGUAGUACCAUACAGAUUGUUAGCGGGUGACUUCUGUUAAAAUCAAAGAUGUAAUGAUUUUCUAUUAAAUAUUUAUAUAUAAAACACAAA